AUGUUCGCCUCCGCGUCCGCGCUCGCGCGGUAUUUCACCCGCGCGCCCUCCACGUCCGCGCCGAAAAAAUCGUCCUCAUCGUCCACCUCGCGCGUCGUUCGAGCUACGGCGUCCGCGACGACGGAGAGACGUAAAGACCACGUCGUCGUCAUUGGCGCUGGAUGGGGCGGUUACGGCGCCGCCAAGGCUCUGUGCGAGUCCGGAUGCCGCGUCACGCUCAUCGACGCCGCGGACGACCCCACAGGAUCGACUGGGAUGACGACGAAGAGCGGGAAACCGUUCGAAGCGGGCACGAGGGGAUUCUGGAAGGAUUAUCCAAACAUUGAGGCGUGCGCGCGCGAGAUGGGCGUGAAGGAGAGCGAGGCGUUCACGGAGUUCACCCCGAGCGCGUUCUGGUCUCCGGAUGGAUUAGAGGCUACGGCACCGGUUUUUGGGGAUUCCUUGGCGCUUCCAAGCCCGCUCGGUCAGGUUUUCGCGACGUUUGAUAACUUUAAGCGUCUGCCGCUGAGCGAUCGAGCGUCCAUGGUUGGGUUGUUGUAUGCGAUGCUGGAUCUGAAUCGGGACGAAAAGACGUUCGAGGCGUACGAUAGGCUCACCGCACACGAGCUUUUUAUACGCAUGGGCUUGAGCAAGCGAUUGGUGGACGAUUUUAUUCGACCGACGCUGCUUGUAGGAUUGUUCAAGCCGCCAGAGGAACUGUCUGCCGCCGUGGUGAUGGAAUUGUUGUACUACUACGCGCUCGCACAUCAGGACUCGUUCGAUGUUCGAUGGAUCAAGACGAAAAGUAUUUCCGAGGUAUUGAUCGCGCCGUUGUGCUCGCGGUUGCAGAGCGAGCACGGAUUGAAGGUUGUCGGAGGCACAUUUGUGAACCGCGUGGACGUUGAUGAGGUGACACGACGAGCCGAGGCGGUGCACUGGGCGUCGAAGGACGGGAAGGAGGGCGUUAUUGACGACAUAGAUGGCGUUGUGUUCGCUCUCGGUGCGAAAGGAAUGAAGAGCGUGGUGUCCAACUCCCCAGUGUUGGCUCGCGUCGCUCCAGAGUUUAGCGCUGCGGCUUCUCUUGGCGCAAUCGACGUAGUGGCUACGCGCAUUUGGUUGGACCGUUACGUCAACGUCCACCACCCGGCAAACGUCUUCAGUAGGUUCAAGGAGUUGCGCGGAGCCGGUGGCACGUUCUUCAUGCUCGAUCAGUUGCAAAAGGACACUGAGGUGGAGCUGUGGGGGGGCGAGGAGCCAAAAGGCUCAGUCAUAGCUGCGGAUUUCUACAACGGCACCGCGAUUGCGUGCAUGAGUGACGACGACAUCGUCAAACUACUUAUCGAGCAGCUACUUCCUGCCGCCGUUCCAGGAUUCAAGGGUGUUGAAGCGCUGGACUUCGAAGUGCGCCGUUAUCCUGGAGCUGUCUCCUGGUUCUCUCCUGGUUCGUACCUGAAGAGACCGCCGCUCGAGAGUCCGUCCGUCUCUAACAUCGUCUGCGCGGGCGACUGGGUUCGUAUGGGCGAUAAAGAGCACGGAGCCAAGGGUUUGUGCCAAGAACGAGCGUUCGUGUGCGGGCUGGAGGCUGGAAACUCCCUUCUCCGUCGAGGUAUCAUCACAUCGGGCGCUCCCCAUCCCGUGAUUCCCAUUCGCCCCGACGAAGCCCAGGUCGUCCUCGGCCGCGCGCUGAACAAACAAUUCAUGGACGCCCUCACUCCAUUCGGCCUCGCCUCGCCCUGGAUCCGCUGA